AUGGCAAAGAAGACGAGCAAGAAAGCCUCGAGCUCAAGAGGCGCUCCCGGAUCGAAGGAAGCGUCAGGCGGCAGGAAGAAUGACCGCAUGAUGGCGAUCGUAGGGCUCUUUACUGCACUGCAGGAAAAGGGCGCGGUAUGGUACCGUCGGGAACGCGAAGGGCUCGUGCGGCUCGAGGGGUUUCAAUCGGCACUGCUGGCCGUGCGAGACGCCCAAGCAAUGCCACAAGAUGGUGACAAGGACAAAAAGGGUCCGCAAGUGCUGGCUGGACUGGCUGGUAAUGUGGUGAUGGAUCCGUGGCUGGCAGAAGAUCUGUACCAACAAGUCCAGGAGCUGUCGAGUGGCUUUGAAGUACUCUUGGAGGAGAUGUACACGCUGGAAGCUCAGGCGAGCGACUUGGUACGGGGCAGCAGCGACGACGACGACAAUCAAGUGCCAGUUAAUGCGACUGCGUUGAGACCCGUGGACUACUUGCAAAUGAUGAGCCAGGAGCUGGCAACGUUUGAAGCAGAGUACCAGCAUAUCGAAGCCCUGCUGCAUCUCAUUACGUUCGAUACGUCCACGGACCAGUUGCGCACCCUUAUCAUCUCGUGGAGCACCUCGCCAUUCCUGGAUCCAGAACAGACGCGCAGCUUUUUCCAGCGACACCAACUCUCGCAACAACUGCAUGCAUAG